AUGGGAGUGAAGAAUUUGUGGGAUGUGCUCGAAUCGUGCAAGAAAACGGUUCCCCUUAACCAUCUCCAGAACAAGAGGGUGUGCGUGGAUCUCUCGUGUUGGUUGGAGCAGCUUCAGAAAGUGAGCAAAUCACACGCCUCUUUGAAGGAGAAAGUGUACCUCAGAGGACUCUUUCAUCGACUCAGAGCACUCAUUGCACUGAAUUGCAGUGUCGUUUUCGUUGCAGAUGGGUCAAUUCCUGCCAUUAAAUUAUCAACUUAUAGACGACGCUUAAACGUUGGAAAGGAGGUAGCACAAAAUGAAACUGACUUGCAAAAAGUGACAUCAUUACGGAGAAACAUGGGGUCUGAAUUUUCUUGCAUGAUAAAAGAGGCUAAAGUCUUGGGGAUGGCUCUUGGCAUCUCUUGUUUGAAUGGGAUGGAAGAAGCUGAAGCUCAGUGUGCUUUGUUGAACUUUGAAUUAUUAUGUGAUGGAUGUUUCAGUCAAGAUUCAGAUAUAUUCCUUUUUGGUGCAAGGACUGUGUAUAGGGAUAUAUGUCUCGGAGAUGGAGGAUAUGUUGUUUGUUAUGAGAUGGCAGACAUUGAAAGAAAACUUGGAUUUGGAAGGGACUUAUUGAUUGCUCUCUCCUUACUUCUUGGCAGCGACUAUUAUCAAGGAGUUCAUGGUCUGGGUCCGGAGUCAGCUUGUCAGAUAGUUAAAUCAAUUGGGGACAAAUUUGUUCUUAAAAAAAUUACUUCUGAAGGACUUGGAUGGGUGAAAAGAAGAAAAGGAGGUGGGAAUAAUUUACAGAGGGAUGAUAACAUUGUGCAAGUGAUUAGUGCUUACAUGAAGCCAAAAUGCCACGCAGCAGAUUCAGAUAUGGUGCAGAGGGUUCUUGCUCAAUACCCAUUUCAACGUAUUAAACUCCAGCAGAUAUGUGCUGAAUUCUUUCAGUGGACUUCAGAGAAAACAGAUGGGUAUAUCCUUCCAAGUAUAGCCGAAAGAGAUUUACGAAGAUUUGCAAAUUUGCGGUUAACUUCUUCUGAAGUCGGAUUGAACCUUCCUUUACAUGAGAUCCCCAUGAAGUGUCCUGUGUCAGAAAUCAUCAAGAGCCGAAGAGUUCAAGGUAGAGAAUGCUAUGAGGUUUUUUGGGAAGAGAUGGAUGGACUUGAAACUUCAAUAGCACCUGCAGAUCUUUUAGAAAGUGCCUGUCCUGAGAAGAUUGUGGAGUUUGAGGAGAAGAAAGCUCAACGGAAGAAACAAAAUAUUCAGAAAAGAAGACCAAAGAAGAAGGAAACUAUGUUAUCUGUGACUGAGCUUGAUCUUAAACUUCAGAAUUUGUUGUUUGAUAAUAAUAAUCUGGAAGACCAAGCCAACCUCGAUCCUUCUGAUUCUUCAAGAGGGAUAUUAGCAACUGCUGUGGCUGAAGCUAAUCUGUUGAUUCCAAAUGACACAGAACAUAAUGGGUUGGUUCAGAAUAUUAACAACAUAUCUAGCAAUGAGGCUGUCUCCAAUGUAGAUAAAAAUGAGGUCAUAGAUCUUCUCAGCCCUUUACCACCUAAGCAAUCCCAUUCUUCCUCAAAAUGUCAGCAAUGCAGUGACCAUAUUGAAGUGAUUAAUUUGAGUGAUUCAGAAAAUGACAUGUCACCUGAACACACGGAGAAAGCAAAAGAGCUGAGAUUGUUCUUGGCAAGUAUUAGAAAUGAAAUCCAUUGA